UUUUUAAAUUAUUUUAUCGCAGCUAAACUUCCAUUUUAACCAGUGAAAUUCGUUAUUGUAAGGUAACAAACCUACUAAAUAUCUUCAUUUUUAUUCACAUCCCCUAAGACUGGGGUGACCUAGUCUCAAGUUACUUGUGUCAGUGUCACUAGCCUAGUGUUUUUGUUUUAUUCACGAUGAAACUUUAGGCCACUAGCUAUGGAAGAUAUCUGUAAAAAAUAUUUUGUUAACUUUCAAAAUGAAGAAGAAAAUGAAGUGAGUGGAUUCAUCAGAUCCAAAGAAAAGUACGAUGCUUUUUUAAAUGAACUAACCUCAAAUGGUUUCUCUUUUUCUACGAGGAGUUCAGGAGCAUCUCAUAAUAGCCAAAGAGUUUUCUUCGAAUGGGGUUUCCCUUGUACAAAGUCUCGACAUUUGUACUUGCAAUGUGGCCACGGUCAACUGUAUUACGAGACAAACAAAUCUAAUAGAAAUAUUAAGCAGGAUCAUCUUUACGAGAAGAAAAGAAGAGUUGUCACACAAAACACAAAGAAAUUAGGGUGUCCGUCAAAAAUGACUGUCAAAAUACGGUUUAUUUACCCUGAGUAUGCAAAUGAUCCCAGAAAACAAUCCAAGUAUAAUAGGACCAAGGUAGCAAAAGACUUAAGAAGGAGAUUGGCAUUGGGUGCAUGUAUCAAGACAGAAACUUGGUAUUUCAUUAACGCGAACGUUGAACACAACCAUGAAAUACUGAAAGAACAAUUACCAAUGCAUCAAGAACUGAAGUCAAAAGUUGAAGAACUGGUUGAAAAUGGUGUUACAUCCAUUCCAGAAAUCAAGACACAGCUAAAUGAAAAGGUCAAAGAAAUGUUUAAGGACAAACCCCCUCCAGAUGAUAUAAACACUUCUUUUUUUCCAAAACAUUCAGUAAUUUACAACUGUGUGUACAGAAAUUUCUUUUCCUCAAAGGACAGCAGUUUAGAUCAAGAGGCUAUUGAAAACAAAAGAGAAAUCUGGAAAAAUUCGAUUAGAACUAAACGUCGGUCACCUGCACCUAAAAGAAAUAACCUUGUUCUUCUCAGAAAAAAGUUGAAACUGAUGUUAGAGUUGUCAUAUAAAAUAGAAGAUGGGGAAUAUUUGGAAAAAAUAUUGACGGAUCUGGCAUCAAUAAAAAAAGAACUUAGCAGCCAUCAAAAGAAAGGGGUAGUCGUACCAAACAAAACUAGUUGUAAAAAAAGAAAAAAACUUAAAUUAAUAACCACAAAUGUUCCUUCUUCUGAACCAUCUUUACUGGAAAAAACUCCUCUAUCGACAGAAGAUCAACAAUAUGAAGUGCAACAAUAUGAAGAACAGCAAUAUGAAGUGCAACAAUAUGAAGAGCAACAGUAUGAAGAGCAACAAUUUGAAGAACAGCAAUAUGAAGAGCAACAAUAUGAAGAGCAACAGUAUGAAGAGCAACAAUUUGAAGAACAGCAAUAUGAAGAGCAACAAUAUGAAGAGCAACAGUAUGAAGAGCAACAAUUUGAAGUUAUGUAUGUUGUAGAAAAUGGUGAUUUGUUUCACUCUGAUUUGAACUAUUGUGAAGUAAGUAUAGAUGGCUGAUAACCACGAGUUUCUCUCACUAUUAUUUCUAAGAUUGUACCUUGAAAAACAAUAAACUUUUUUUACAGUCA